AUGGGAGGGGUUGUGCUGGCGGCAGCAGCAGUGCUGCUGGCUGCAGUGGUGGCCGUGGCGGCGGCAGAACUCGUGCCGGUGACGGACAAGGACCUGGAGUCGGAGGCCAGCCUGUGGAGCCUAUACCAGAGGUGGCUCAGCGUGUAUAACGGGUCGCUGGACCUCGGGGAGAAGCCGAGCAGGUUCGAGACGUUCAAGAAGGACGCUAGGUACGUCAACGAGUUCAACAAGAGGGAGGACGUGCCGUACAAGCUCGGCCUCAACCAGUUCUCCGACUUGACCGACGAGGAGUUGGACAGCGGCAUGUUCACCGGAGCCUUGCCCGAAGACGCCGGCAACGUCAGCCUCAGCAGUGGCAUGACCGACGACGAUGAGCUGCUGGCUUCUACCGCCGGCAAGGGAGCUGUUGGGCUUUCUCGAUGGUGGCCUCUGUCGAGGGCAUCAACGCAAUCAAGAGAGGGGAAACUGCGGACACUGUCGGAGCAAGAGGUGCUCGACUGCUCCGGCGACGGGAGCUGUAAAGGUGGGCACACGUACGAGUCAUUCGAUCAUGCCAUCAAGCACGGGUUAGCCUUAGACCAGCACGGGAAUCCUCCGUACUACCCUGCCUACGUUGCCCAGAAGAAGAAGUGCAGAUUCAACCCGAAGAAGCCUGUGGUGAAGAUCAACGGCAAGAGAAUGAUGAGAGACACCACCGAGGCGCAGCUGCGGUGGCGCGUGUACAAGCAGCCAGUGUCCGUCGUCGUCGAGGCAAACCGCGCCUUCAAACGCUACAGUGAGGGCGUCUUCACGGGACCUUGCGGGACGCGUCUAAACCACGCGGUCUUGGUCGUGGGCUACGGAACUACGGCGAACGGUGUCAACUACUGGAUCGUUAAGAACUCGUGGGGCAAGGGCUGGGGUGAGAAUGGCUACAUCCGGAUGAAGCGUAACGUGGGUACCAAAGCGGGUCUCUGCGGCAUAUACAAGAAGCCCAUGUACCCCAUCAAGAAUAACAUAUACAGGAAGAUGAUAAAGGUGCAGAAAAAGAAGAUGGGAGUGGCUGUGUUGGCAGCAGCAGCAAUGCUGGCUGCAAUGGUGACCGUGGUGGCAGGAGAUGUCCCGUUGACGGACAAGGCGGACCACCUGGAGUCGGAGGAGAGCAUGUGGAACCUAUACGCCUAUAUAUACGAGAGAGGUGGCCGGCUCAACGUGUUACGUGUAAACGGCGAUGUCGCAGGAUGA